CACCAUUCGUAGCCGUUGGAGGGGACUGACGUUGAUAGUGCAAGGUCUUGAUUCAGAGAGAUAGGACACAGCCUUGGCAUAGAGUGUUUAAACUAGUUGGUGUGAGAACACCCCGUCAGUUCCCUGUCCUCACAACACAGUGCUUCGCACUUCGUACAGAAAUGGCAGACGCCGCACCUGUUGAAGUAGCUGAAGCGCCUGCACCUGCACCUGCACCGGCCCCAGCUGAACUCCCACCACCUCCUCCCCCUAAGGAGCCUAGAAGGAAGCUAGUGUUCAGACACUGGAUUCGGCCUACAUUCCUCAACUACCAUUACAUUUACGACUACAGACACAACUACUACGAUGACGUCAUUGACUUCCUGGACCGCAGACAGCACGGGUUGAGCAGGGACGUGCCACGGGCACAGACCUGGGCAGAGCGAGCGCUGCGUACCUAUACCAUCAAGCCCAGCCCAUCCGAGUAUGCCUAUUACAUCCCCUACAAGGAGGAGAAACACCACUCGUACAAAGUUGCUCACACAUACCGAGCUGAGCACACCAAGGACUACUUCAGCAGAAAGUUCAAGUCAGUCCUGUUUUGAAUUCCUUCCAAGGGCUAUCGAGAAAUCUUUAACAACAGUAAUAUAGCCAGCAAGCUCAACACUGCUCCAUUCCUACGACCUGGAGGUAUCAGCAGAACUGACCAACGGAGGGAAUCUUAACAGUAGAUUAGAUCAACAUUUAUGUUGGAGAAUUGCUUGGUGUUUGGUUUUUGAUUUCUUAAGGCUUUUAUAUUAUAUACUAAAUGUUAUUUGAGCCAAUAUUUAUAAUUACCACAGCUCAUUUACUUCAAUCCCAUAUUCAAAUGGAACUGAUUGUGUAACAUGGUUGAUUUGUUUUUGCCUGUUCUAUGGUAGGAAAUUAGCCUUGAUCUUUUAAACGUUCAAAAGAUGUACUUGCUGUCUGUGGAAGAACACCAUUACUCUAAUUAACAUAAAUUAAUAAACAGCUUGAAUAACAA